AUGUAUCGGCAAAUUUUAAUCCGUCAAAAAGACCGGACUUUUCAACAUAUAUUCUGGCGCGAUUCACCCACUGACGACCUCGUCGAAUUCCAAUUGUGUACUGUAACGUACGGUCUCAACUGCGCGCCGUAUCUCGCCAUUCGCUGUCUCCACGAACUUGACCGGCAAGACGGUCAUCGUUUUCCACUUGCUAAAGACGUCCUUACUAGAGCUGCUUAUGUCGACGACAUCGUUAUCGGAGCUGACACCCAAGAGCUCUUACUACGUCGGAAGGAAGACGUUGUCGGUCUACUACGCAACGGUGCCUGUAUGUUGAGCAAGUGGACUAGCAACAGUACCACCGUUCUCGAGUCCGUUUCUCCCGAUGACCGUGUACUCUCUAUAUCGUUCGAUCCGCGCGAAGAACACGCCGUAAAGGUCCUAGGCCUGCAUUGGGACACGAAAACCGACAAGUUUGCCUAUCAUACCCGGCUUGAUCAAAUUUCUUUGACGAAACGUCAGGUGUUGUCCGUCAUUGCGCGCUUGUUCGACCCUAUUGGCGCCCUGGGCCCUAUGCUGUUGUGGGCAAAAUAUUUUAUGCAACUAUUAUGGUGCAACAAACUCGGAUGGGACGACCUGAUGUCCCCCGAACUGCAAUCUAUGUGGCAACAAUUUUGCACUGAGCUUCCGCUCGUAUUCGACCUGAACCUCCCACGUCACAUCGACGUCAUCUGUCAUCAGGACAUUCAACUAUUGGGCUUCGCGGACGCAUCGAUAAAAGGGUAUGCGGCCGUCGUGUAUCUACGUCUCGUCAACACCGCCGGUGACAUCUCCGUUAAAUUCAUCACUUGUAAAACCAAGGUCGCCCCUCUGAAGAGUGCCGCCGUCGACGAGUCGCUUUCCAUACCUCGCUUGGAAUUAUGCGGGGCCCUGCUGUUGGCCCAGACACUUCAUCACGUGCAAUCUGUGCUGUCCACCGAAGUGUCUAUAUCUCGUCUGCGUGCGUGGUCGGAUUCGUCAGUUGUUUUAUCGUGGUUGACCACAGACCAAAAACAAUUCAAAAUUUUUGUGACCAAUCGGGUCGCCAAAAUACGUCAGCUACUACCGGAUUGCGUAUGGAGCUACGUAUCAACGCUCGACAAUCCCGCGGAUCCCGCCUCUCGUGGACUCAUGCCGAAAUUAAUGUUGUCCUCGUCUAUUUAUUGGGACGGUCCGGAGUUCCUACGAAUUCCUGAAGACCAAUGGCCACCGUCUAGAUUUAUUCCGCUCGCUCCGGAGCAGCUGCCGGACACUCGGCCUAACGUCGUCGCAACGUUGGCCGUCAACGUCCAUCCGUCUUCGUUGGAUUUCAUCGGUAAAUUUUCGUCGCUCGAAAAAAUGUUACGAGUAUUGUCUUACGUUUCUCGUUUUUUAUCUCAUCGUCUACGACGGCAACCGAUCCGUGUCGGUCCUAUCACGUUUUCCGAGCGAGAAAGGUCCUUGUCGAUUGCCGUACAGCGGACACAACAGUAUUACUUUUCGGAUCUGGUUAAAACGUUAAAAAAUAAGUCUACGAUCACCCCCCCAUCUUUGGCACAAUUAGCACCGUAUAUCGACGACAACAACAUUGUACGAGUGGGAGGUCGCCUGCGUUUUUCCAACGCCAGCUACGACGCGAAGCAUCCGAUUCUGUUACCGCGAUCCUCGCACCUCACCGACCUGGUCAUUCGACACUACCACUUGUCCUUUCUGCACGGCGGAUCAAAGUUGGUACUAUCAAUGUUGAAUCAAAAAUACUGGAUACUGUCUGGUCGCGCGGCAGUUCGACGUGUCAUUUUCUCGUGCGUUCCGUGCACACGCCAUAAGGCUGUCCGCCCUCAACCAUUGAUGGCUGACUUACCAUCCUACCGAGUUCAACCUCACCGUCCGUUCUCCCACGUCGGUUGCUUAUUUAACCGUAAUGUUUGUUCUCAACGCGAAUUGUGCCAUGAUGAUCAUGCAUUUGGCAAAUGCAUUCCAAAAUAUGAUAAUGGAGCCGGAGAAUACACGUACAAAUUAAUAAUGAAUAACCUUAUGAUUCUACGGGAAGAUAUGAAAUUCCUCUACUACAAUGGUUAUAGUUGGCCGCAUCCUUUUACACAAUGCGUACUUCAACAUCGAUUGAAAUUGAUAAGAUAUAGUUUACCACCAGUUGACAAUUCGAUUUGUAAUCAAUACUUAAGAGUAAAUGACGGUAGACAAAAUGAUGGGGGAGAUUUUGCGGACUUCUACAAACAACCUGAUGUGUAUGUGGGUGCUGAAGAUAUUGGUCAAGAUCGUGAAUACUAUCCCGAUAUAGAUUAUGAAUAUCGUCGAAAUAUUAUUAACCGAAAUAGACUUCAAGGAACUCCUUUGUAUUUACCGUGGAUGCCAGGCUCUAAACAACAACAAUACGAUGAAGAUCCAAAUGCUUUAGUUUAUGGUCAACCAAGAUUCCGCCCGGAUUACAACACGCCGGAAGGAUUUAGAGCAGGCGAAGAAAUGAAGGAUAAGAUGGACGACGAGUGGAAAAAAUUGAGACAAAUGGAAAUGCUAUCAAAGGGUAUAGACAAUUCCAAUAAAGCUUAUACGGAAGGUGGUUUAGUGUUCUUACCGAAAAAGGGAGCUAAUGGCGAGGAGGAUGAAGUAAUGUUUAGUGAUUUCAUUAAUAAUUAUGAUUCAGAAUCGGGUUGGGCAGGAUUCAAAAGACCCGAACGAUUGGACGUUAAGAAACCAGGACCAUUCUUUAAAUUAAAUAAUUUCGUAAAAAAUGAGGAAGAGAGUGAACCAAAACCAUCCGAGGAUAUAACGAAAACCGUUGAUGCAACAACUUUGUUAGGAACAAACCGAAAAACGGAUUCAGAUGAUAUUAAAUCAACUAAUCCCAAGACAUCAACGAAAUUAACUCAAGAUGAUUUCAAAACCAUUUAUGUAAGCAAAAUUACACCAGAAGAAGAAAAAUAUGGACAGAAAAAAGAAAAGACUAAGGAUAAAAUGGAUGAUACGGAUAAUGAUAAUUAUGAAGUGGUCGAUACUUCUUAUGUUUGCAUCCGACUAAAAGACAAGAUAAGUACUUCAGAUAGAGGAGACAAACUACUUAAAACGCUGGCAAAUCUCAUCAACGUUGAAUUUAAAUCUAUGGUGAAUGCUCGUUUUGACGAAUCUGAGAUUACAUUCCAGAUACUCCCAAGCGCUGGAAUUAAUAUUACGGAAUUGGUGAAAAAAAUAGAAACAAUGAAGAACAAAUUCGCAAAGAAAACGGGUUAUACCAUUGACUUUGUGAGCAUUGGAGAUAAGGCCAAGACACCAUCAGUGAUGAUGAGUUCAACAUACGAAGACAGUAAAAAUUUCGAAUGGAUUUUCAUGUCCGUUGCAGCUGUGUGCGCUGUAGUAGCCUCAGCUGCGGCGUUACUAAUAAUUAGAAGACAUUCAAGAUAUAAAAACAAAUUUGAAGGGUUGAUUGGUAGUAGUGCGGAAGUCAGUAAAGAUUAUCAGGAAUUAUGCCGAGCAAGAAUGUCGAAUAAGAAAGAAGAACCGAAUGCCGCGUCCCAGAGAAUAGCAAGCUUGUCAAAAGAUCCAGACAACAGUCCUUCUUCAAGGUCAAGCACGUCUUCGUGGGGAGAGGAACCGGUCUUAUCGAACAUGGAUAUAUCUACCGGACACAUGGUUUUGGCGUAUAUGGAAGAUCAUCUGAACAACAAGAACCGAUUGGACAGCGAAUGGGCAGCGCUAUGCGCGUACGAGGCGGAACCUUGUGCGGUGAACGUCGCAAGAAAGGACCAACAAAUAACAUGGACAAAUAACGACCAAUCAUCACAGGCCAUUAUUAAGAAAACACUAAAAACAACAACCGAAAUACAACUUGCAAUGACAGGGGUGAUAUCAACGGAUAGGGGAGAAAAUACCUAUCCAGAGAUAUUACCAAAUUCACUGAAAGAGGAAAAAAUUGCGACCAACAUAAGACAGAAGAUACGAGACUGUCUGAUGGAGAGGAAAGGAGGAAAGGGCGACGAAGACAAAAAGUAA